AUGAGCCGUCUCGCGGCCCAAUCGCUGCGCCGUGCGCUGCAGCGCCAGGGCCUGCGAAGCUUCGAGAUCACGCCAAAUUCGGUCGAGGUGCUGGCGACGCCCCGCGACUUCUACGAGUCGCUGCUGACGGCGUGCCGCGGCGCGCGGUCGCGCAUCUCGCUGUCGGCGCUCUACUGGGGCACGGGCGCGCUGGAGCAGGACCUCGCGGCCGCCGUCGAGGGCGCCAUGGCCGCGCGGGACGCCAAAGUGACGGUCGUGCUCGACGCGGCGCGCGCGCGGCGCGCCGACGGCGCGGGCCGCACGUCCGUGAGCACGCUCGCGCGCGUCGCGGACCGCGGCGCCGCCGUGCGGCUCUUCGAGACGCCGCGCCUCGGCGGCGCGGCGCUGCAGCGCGCGCUGGACUGCGCGCCGCGGCCCCUGCGGGGCCUCGUCAACGAGAUCCUGGGCGUGCACCACGUCAAGGUCUUCGCCGUCGACGACGUCGUCGUGCUGUCGUCCGCGAAUUUGAGCGACGAGUACUUCUCGACGCGGCGGGACCGCUGCGUCGUCGUGCGCGACGCGCGCGUCGCCGCCUGGCACCACGACCUCGUCGCGAUCCUGGCGGACGCGGACGCCGACUACGCGGCGCUCGCGGCGCGGCUCGCGAAACACUGCCGCCGGCCCGGCCCGGAGCCGCCGCGGCGCGUCGCGCCGCGGGCCGCCAAGGUCGGGCCGAGGAGCGCGCGCUGGACGCGGGCAAAACCCCGGAGCGUCCUCGUGCCGACGAUGCAGCUGGGCAGCGCGGGCUUAGACCUGGAGUCGAAGGCGCUCGCGGCCGUCCUGGAGCCCCGCGGCUUCGACGCAUUGGGCCUGGCGACGGCCUACGUGAACCCGCCCGAGGACGUCGCCGCGGCGCUCGCGGCGUCGGACGCGCCCGUCGACGUUUUGGUGCCGUCGGCGGAGACGCACGGCUUCGGGUCCGCGACCGGCGCGAAACGCGCCGUGCCCCUCGGCCACGCGGCGUGCGCGCGGGACCUCGCGGCGCGCCUCGGGCCCGCGGGGCGGCUCCGGGAGUGGGCCGGGCCGGGCACGUUCCACGGCAAGGGCGUCUGGCUCUUCGAGGAGGGCCGCGUCGCCGCGACGGUCCUCGGGUCGUCGAACUUCAACGCGCGGUCGCGGGACCGCGACCUCGAGCUCGGCGCCGUGCUCCUGCCCCGCGACGCGGGCCUCGGCCGCGCGCUCGCCGCGGAGUGGCGCGCGCUCGCCGCGGACGCGCGCGCGCCGGACGCCGCGGCGCCGCCCUGGUGGCUCGGCCCGCUCCGGCCGCUCCUGCGGCCGUUUUUGUAA